UGGACCAAUAUGGCAGCAAAAACAAAUUAAAUGUAACCUUAAAAUCUUGUACAUGAUUAAUUAAGUUGUGAUUCAUUAAAUGUUCAUCAUGAGCAUGUCAGCGUUAAAUCGUGGAAGUUUGUCAGUGUUUAUGUCAAAAUAUUCAGAGCAGUAACGUUAAGGUUAAGAUAAUCUUCUCACUGUAACGUUUAACCAGCUAAACGUUACAGUUAGCCAACGGUCGUAACUUAAAAGAGCCACUGGAAUCACGUCACCUAGCUGGUUAACACUGUUAAAUAUGUGGGGUGAAAUUGAACCCCCCGUUAAAACACAACCGAGUGCGUGUGAGAGUGAAGACAAGAGCAAAUUACCAGAAACCCCGGUGAUACGGUCCCAGAGAUGUGACUUCAUCAUCCCCACAGACACCGAGCAGCGGCUGCAAGACACCACGCAUGUGAGCCAGGCUGAGUCCAGUUGUGUAAACGCCAUGGUAGAAGCCAUUGCCUUGAGUGGGAGCCUAGUGAAGAGCCAGCAGAUAGGAGAGGCUGAACUGACCCUAGAGCAGCGCAGAGAGGAGCUGCUGCACCAGUACAGAAGCAGGCCACUGGUUUUCCUGGAGAGGUACCAUACCUGUUUGAAGCCCCAGCACCUGUCAGUGUUUGCCCACGUCAGCUCAGACCCACGGGCUCAACACUACAGCAAAGUGAUACAGAGACGAGCUUCAGGAUGUACCAACAGGACCAGGGUCCGAAACCAGCGAUAUGCUGCCCUCAGAGCCCUGCAGAAGGAGGGUCAAUAUUUCAGUGAAGAACAGAUGCGAAUCAGGGAGCCACUGCUCUAUGAACAGUAUAUUGGCCAAUAUCUGACUGAUGAGGAGGUGCUGGAGCGCUCCCAGGAGGCCAUGUUGGAUGGUGCAAAGGGGGAACAAGGUAAUUCAGUGGGAGGCACAGGAGGACUCGCCCACCUCCUCCUCAACUCCUACCAGGAGCGUCUCAUCCAGAAUCGUCUGCAGGAGGAGCAGGAGAGAGAGGAGUGCGCACAGGAGGAGGACGAGGAUGAGGAAGACGAAGAUAAUAGAGUCCAGGAGAAGGAAUGGGAGCCCACCCCUGAGGAGAAGGCUCUGCUCAGGGAGGAGUUUGUCAGUCAGAUGCACCAGCGCUUCCUAGAUGGCAAAGACAAAGAUUUCAACUACAGUGAGGUGGAUGAGAACCCAGACUAUGACAACCUGGACAUUGUCAGCAGAGACGCUGAGGAUAAAUACUUUGAUGAAGAUGAAGAUGAGGAAGAGGACGAGGAGGUGGAAAAGGAUGAAGAGGAAGAAGACAUGGCCGAAUAGUAGCUGUACUUGUGUUUAAAUUCUCUCAUUGAACUGUAAAUGCAAAUCUACAAAAUAAGGAUAUGUCUUCUAUUUUUCAUUGUUACUUCUGAAUGCAAACACAGCUGGUAAUAAAUAUUGCUCGUGGGUCUUUUGCAA